CAUCUUUAAUACCUUAAGCAGUUGUUACGCUAUGAUGCCUAUGAAAUUUAUUAUUUAUUCUGUAAUUAUUUUUUAAAAUAAUUUUGGGCCUUUAAGAAUGGAAAACGGUCCUGACGAUAGUGAUUCCAAAAAUUCGUCAAGUGCACGAGCGUUUGAAGAUGAUCAGUCGUUUGUUGGAAAAUUUAAGAACCAUGUGUCUGGAAUAAUCAGUAAUACACCUUUAUCGAAAUGGUUUCGGAAGCAAAAUGUUGGAUCGGCGGUCAGAAGGCGCGAUGAAGAAGUUGACGAAGAAUUUUAUGAUCUUCAACCUCCCACAAAGAAAACCAAAUUACCUGAAACAUAUUUGAAUUUCGAGGAAGCUAUAAGUCCAAUAAAUAACGUCGCUAACCGAAUAACAUUGAAAACUUUUCCCGAACCUGUUGCAGGUCCCUCGGGUUAUAGUGCGCGUAAAUUGCUCGGCAAUUCGUUGUUGGUGCGGGACACGUACAAAAAUGGUGACGUAGUGAAAAGUGGUAGCAAAGAUUCAGACAGCGAAGAAUCCACCAGUGAUUAUUCGUCAGCACACAUUGGAAGUAAGGACGUUGUCAGUCAGCAAAGUUCCAAGCAGGCUUCCCCAUUAGAAAGCAGUCCGGCAAAGCUGAGGUCUCUGUUUCAAAAUUCAACGGUAGGAAGAACGUUAUUUACCGAGGAUAGCGUCAGCCCGCAUUCAUCGUUAAGUUCCCGCAUGCCCUCUUACAAAAGAUCGUCAGUUUCCUCAAAUAUCGCGGAUCGAACUAUCUCGACAAACAAAAUAAUCAACUCCCCUUUCUACAGUGGAAAAACGAUAUACGGAGGCGCCUCCGCAUAUGGGAGGAGCAUAAAUAAACUACCUCAAGAUUUGAGGAAUACCCUAAAAAACAGUAUACAGAUUAAGCCAGUGAACAGGAGCGCAGUGGAUAAGAGUCACUUGCAACUUGGAAAAACGGCCCGAAGGAUUCUGGAUACCCUCGAGCAGUACAGUACGCCGGUAAUGGACGCCAAGAAAAUACCCGUCACCCCCAAAAGGUUCAGGGACGGGAUUCUCAGCAAGUAUACCGGAACGAAUCCUUAUACUAUUAGAGCAACCAAAACGUCGUCCAACAAAGAGCUCCAAGUACCUUCCGUGACCGAUCUGUUGAAAAUGAAGCAGAGUCAACAGAAGUCGAGACUCCAAGAUAGUACGGAAGCGGUGCGCCAGAUAGCGACCCGGUCGAAAUCGGUUUUGAACGAGACAGCUUACAAAAUACUCGACGUUCAAGAGCAGGAAAAACACACCGGGAAAAUAAAAUCGAAAAUUGGUUCGGUGAGACAGAGAGCGGCGGUACACGAAGAACCCGCGCCCGAUUUGGCCUUAAACCCCGUGGCGUUGCCCAUUAAGGAGAUGCCCAAAUUCAAUUUUACGAUACCCCCAUCGAAUCCGGAUACCAUAACUUUGAAUAAAAAGGAUAGCGAUAAAACUCGAGAAGGCGGCACCGUUUCCAAGCCGGUUAGUUCGAACAACGGCCAAUAUAAAUUUUCAGCUCCCUUGGUGCUGGGCGAGUACUUGAAACCAUUGAACGCGUACAACAAUUUCAAAUUUAGCGAGCCGCUGUGCAAGAAAAGGAGGAGCAUUCGGCCUGAGCUCGAUGCCAAACUCGUAGCCGAAAAGAAAAAUAAUGGAGAGAGCAUGUUACUUAAGGAGUCGAUAAAUGCCACUUCCCUGGAGCAGUUCAAGCCGGCCAAAGACACUUGGGAGUGUUCCGUGUGCCUGAUCAGAAACCAAACGGGCAAGGUGAAAUGUGUGGCCUGCGAGACUCCCAAACCUGAUACCGGUAAAAGUAAAGACGUUAAAGUGUCUUCGCUUCCCGCGGAAUUUUCAUUCGACGAGACGUUAAAACCGGCGGCGGACACGUGGGAAUGUCCCGUCUGUAUGAUCAGAAACAAGGACGACCUGUCCAAGUGUGCGGCGUGCGAGGCGUCCAAGCCGGGAAGCGUCCCGAAAACUACGACGCCCUCGAAGCUGUUCGCGGUACCGCCGUCGGCAGCGUCGCCGUCAGGGUUCGGGGAUAAAUUUGCACCGCCUCCUAGCACAUGGGAAUGUCAGAUUUGUAUGAUCAGGAACAGCGACGAAAUUGAUAAAUGUGCCGCUUGCGAAACGGCCAGGUCAGGUGGAUCGAAGUCGUUGCCGCCGUCGACAUUUGGGGGUAGUUUUAAGAAGCAGGACAAUGAAUGGGAAUGCGAGGCGUGUAUGGUGCGCAACAAUUCGUCGACGGACAAGUGCGUCUGUUGCGAGACGCCCAGGCCCGGCGCCGUCCCCGACGACCCCACCAAGGCGCCGACGAUUUUCAGUUUCGGCGUCGACAAAACGACGGCUUCCGGUUUCACGUUCGGUGUGCCGCCGCAGACGCAGCUUUCUUCUAACGGCGCAGCUUCCGUUUUCGGGGUUAAACCGCCGCCGACGAGCGGGCCGCCAUCUUUCAGCUUCGGCCUUCCAACGCGGGCCACGGGCGAAGCACCACCCAAACCGGAUCCUUCGGUAGCGCCCGAGAAGGAAAAAAAGAGCGAGGUGGCGCCUCUGUCGACGACGAGCUUCGGCGGUCUGACGCCCAAAUCGAGCGAGCCUCCCGCGGUUAAGGAAAAGCAACAAGCAACGGGUGAGGCCGAGGACAACAGGUCGAGCCCCACUCCGAAGGUGGCGGUCGACAAAGGUUCAACGGAAACGCAGAGGGUGAACCCGCUCUUGAAAUCCGGUGAGAAGUUGCCCGAGAAGGCGGUACCGGCCGCUGCCGGAUUUUCGUUUGGAACGCCAGCGCCAUCUUCUCAGACAACGGCGUCCACAAAAAACCAAACGCCCGCGGAAAACGACAGUCUCCCAGCAAAAAAUUCUAAGCCCGUGGCCAUUGCGACGCCGGCAUCGACGGGACUCUUCAGCAGCCCGCCAAGGUUCAGUUUCAAACCUCCGUCGGCUGAUAGUAAGGAGGAAAUAAAGUUGACGAGUUCGCCGAGCUUCACUUUCACUCCCACCAAGAGCAAAACGAUUUCGACGUCUCUUUCGAGCCAGAUUGCGUCUCCAGCCACCGUGACCGAUAAACCAAAGGCCCCGUCGUUCAAAUUUGGAUCCGCGGACUCAUCGAGUCUGAGGCCCACGGUCAAUUUUAACAAACCGGCGGACCAGGGGGGAAUGGCGUUGUUCGGCGGUCCGGCUGCGACCCCUCCGAAGCCGUUCGCUUUCGGGUCGUCGAGCGUCGCGGCGCCGGAACCGGCGAAAACCCCCGCGUUUUCCUUCUCCGGCACCGCGCCCGCCGAAAAUAAACCCGCCCCUUCGUAUUCCUUCGGGAGCGCGUCGGCGGCGCCUCCGGCUUCCGAACCGGCCAAGACCCAAUCGUUUUCGUUCGGCCAGUCCAAUUCCGUUCCCACGUUCGGUCAGUCGUCGGCGUUCGGUCAAAACGCAACUUCGGUAUUCGGGCAACCCGCCUCCAACACCGGCCCCGCCUCCUUCGGGCAGUCGACUUCCGCCGUUCCCGCAUUCGGUUCGAUGAGUUCCGCCACCCAGCCAGCAUUUGGUCUUACGAAUUCGACCGGUCAGCAGCAGUCGAACGUUUUCGGUCAGACGAACUCGAUCGGCGGGUUCGGACAGACGAAUUCGGCGACCGCGGUCCAACAGCCCGCCGGUUUCGGCCAGACUGCGGCGCCGUCUUUCGGUUUCGGCGCCAAACCCGCCGAAACUUUCAACCAGACCGCGACGGCGCCCCCCAACGGCGUGUUCAACUUCGGUUCCGGCGCGAUGGCGUCGAAUCAGACGACCGGCUUCAGCUUCGGCGCCGCCAACGCGGCCGCCCCUCCACAAAAUAGCGGCUUCAAUUUCGGGAGUUCGCCGGCCGCCCCCGCCACGUCAGGAGGUUUUAGUUUUUCGGGAGCGCCUCCGACAUUCGACGCCAACGCGAAACCUUCCUUCAAUUUUACCGGCGGUUCGGGAGUGGCCUUUUCGGCUCCUCCACCUACCGACGGGGGCCACCAGCCACGAAAGUUUAAGAAAGCUAUAAGGCGAACGCAAGUGCGAUAGUGAGACGGUUGUAUGUAAUAUUGUGUCAAUGACGGUACGAGUAACAUUUUGGGAUAGCCGAGGCCACGGGGCGAUGCGGGGUAGUAACCAAACGGACGUAACAUAUACCUAACAUUUUUCAAAUAAAAAAAAAGCUAGUAACCAUAAACGAGACGUCCGACUAAACUGUGUCCCGUCGAUAAAGUCGUCCGUGUUUAAGGUUAUCCGACAUUUGAGGUUAAGAGAACAAAGAAUCUUAAUGAUACGAGAUAACGCACGAAUGCGGGUGACGGAUUUGUCGGAUGCAGUUUCUCCGGCCCGAUUUCCGUGUACUACUAGUUAGUGAAAAUAUUCGAUGGCCAUUUCUGAACAUCGCCGAUAGGGGGCGCGGGACCUUCGAUGUUUCGAGAAUUUCUACGGAAGGUCCGCCCCGGGUAAAGGUGUUCACAGAUUGGUCGUGCGUCUUCUUACGUUUGUAUUUUUGUACAGGAGAGCUCCAAGUUGAAGACCUAUCGGAAAUUUUUGUUAUUUUUAAAAUUUUGCCCCCCCCCCACCCUCUCAGCCUGAUUUUUCACCCGCUAAUUUUUUAAACGAUUGUUUGAUUUCGCAGAAGUAAAUUAUUAAUGUGUUAAAUUAUAUUUGUACAGUGUGUCCAGUUUUCGUUGUUAUCGGGGGGCGUCUCGGUUACUUUUAAACAAAUGAAACAAAAGAUGCCGAUUUCAAAACAGUCCCAGCCGGCUUUGUUUUUGAGACACUGGGAGAAAAGGAAACAAUUUUCCAUUUCGUGUAUUCGAUCUUUUUACAUAUAUAUAAUUUCAAUUUGAUUUUGCAAUUUAAUACAGUUUUCAAAUAAAUCUAUAUUUCGACGUUUUACAAAAAAAAGAAAUGUGUUUCCUACCUUAAUUUUGUCCCAAUUAACAUUAUUAUUAUUAUUAUUAUUAUUAUUAUUAUUAUUAUUAUUAUUAUUUUGUUGCAAAAAAUGAAAAUAAUAACUGUCAGGAGCAUAGAAUAAAGGGUUUAGUGACAUACUCAGAUUUGUCAUAAAUGAUAUAAUUUAUAAGAUGUAAGCUAAAGUUAGUUUUUUUUAAUGGAGCACCCUGUAUAUAUUAUUAUUAUUAUUAUCAAAUUAUAAAAAAGUAUGCGAAAAAACUGCUUAAACUGAUUUACGCGGAUAAUUAAGUAUCUAGCACGUAAAGUCCAGAAUUCAGUGGCGUACUCGGAUUUAUUCAGGAAAUAAAAAUAAGGAAAAAAGUUCAUAUAAAUGUAUGUCCUGCAAUGCUCGGUAGUGUGCUAUCGCUAAAAAAUAGAAUAAAUAGUUUUUUGUUAUUUUUAAAGCAACUUUUCUGGAUUUUUUCAAACUUGAUAGGUAUUAUUCCUGCUUGUUUUUGUUUAACCUGUGGCGUUCGUGACAUCGUUUUAUUUAUUUUAAGUAAUAAAAAAAAUGGCACAUCGAUGCUGAUAAAUUUAUCUAUUCUGUUCAGUGCUGCUCAUAGUCUCUUCAGUUUUUCCGCAGAGACAAACCGUUUUUUCGACUUCUUUUUUAAUUUAAAUUAAUAUGGUCUCACAAACGCCGCUGGUUAAACAAAACCGAGUUUAACUAAGGUUCACAGUUGCUUUUCAGCGCCAACAAUACCUACCAAAUUUGAAUGAUUUUUUUUUCCAAUAUUUUUUCGCAAUAUACACCCUGUAUCUUCGAAGCGAGGGACUUUGGAACACAAGUUUAUAUGAACUUUUUUACUUAUUUUUUUUUCUGCCGAGUACGCUGUUCAGGCUUCCGCAUUAUGUUGUCCGUGUCCAUAUCAUACAAGCUUUGCAAUCAUUUUUUUUUAUACAGUAAUCAUAAAGUUAAAGUAAUUAUAUCGUUAAGUGGAAUAAACAUCAAUUAUAUGAUAUGCAAACGGCAGAAUUUGCAAUUUCUCCUUUUAUCUCAAAAACAAAGGCGGCUACGAUCGUUUUGGGGCAACACGAAAAUUGAUAACUGAGAUGUCCCGCGAUAACUACGAAAAAUUGACGCGUGUUUGAUAGCAAAAAAUCUCACACACCGAGCGAAUUCAACUCGGGAGCCUCUCUCUAUCUCUCUCGCCCUAAUUAUGGGCGUCGUGGAAACACGGUCUGAUCCAUAGAAUGUAGAAUUUUAUAAAUAUUGGUCUUUCGUGGACGUUUUUCAUUGUGACGAUGGAAAUUUUUUUAGAAUACGAAUAUGGACGCGUAUGCACCCCGUAGUGGCGGCAUAAGCGUUCGAACCGCCGAUUGUCAUGGCGUUUUUAACUGUGAUAUUCUUUUGGGUCAGGCCUCCCCCCCCCCCCUUACAUUAUAUAUAUAUAUAUAUGAAUAUAAUCUUAACCCGUUGUAGGUUUGAUCAGUGACGGAACAUUUUUAGCUAGCCAACCUUUUUUCAGUUAGGGACAAGUUGUAAAUACUUAUUUUAGUUUUUAGUCUAAGGCUACCGUUCUGAGAAAAGGUACUUUUCCUAUAUACCACGUAUAUUUUUAUAUCGCGAGUAGUAACCCUUCAACUUCAUUCGAGCUAGGUGUUGUCUGUCGUACAAAGGGCGGUGAGUGUGAUUGAAAUUCUCCCGUCUGAAUUACCAUUUUGAGACCGUUUGAAAAUUUCGAGAUAGUCAGGGGAAACUGGUCGGUUUUGAUCGGAGUAUGUUAUAGUAGCGCGCUAGCGAAACCCAAUUACUAUUUAAAGUAGCGGGGAGAGAGGAACAUUGACGAACGGACCAAUACGGUAAUGAUAGAAAUACCUUUGACAAUAAUUAGUAUUUUUUACGCCAGCGAUUGGCGGAAAAUGUAAAACGAAACGGAAACAAACGCAUUUCCCGCAACAGAAAUAACCUUGCACAAAAAAUGACUUUAUUAUUAGGCAAAGUUUUUUUUUUUACUUCGAAAUUUUUCUAAAAAUGUGGUGAAAAUAAGGCGGUCUGUAAUGAUAGCACGAAAAGGAACGCCCGUAAUAUUGAUUUCGUUACCUUAAAAAAUACUCAUCGAGAAUGCUGAACCGUUUUGUCCGCUAGCGUUUUGUCACUGUUCAAAUGUUGAAGUAGACUCACUCCUUGUGAUAAAGCAAAUUGUUUCCCGACCGCGAUGUAUAUUUUCUAUAUUGAAGGGUAAUUAUUUUUACGUGAGCAAUUAAAUACAAAAACGAAUUGAAACCGCGCGAACGAAAGGAGUUAGACUGCUUCGAGGCGUGUAAAUAGUAUACCCAUAACGUGGAUUUGUUUGGCUGGAAAUUUCAUUUUCUCUUAAAGUAAAUCCGAGGCAAUGUAUUUUUCAACACGUGGAAUUUUCAGCCUUUAUUUUUUUAUUUAUAUUUUAAUACCUACAAUUCACGCAGACUUGGCCUAGUCUUAUCAAUCCUCGGGUAAGUUCAAAUAGUUUUUUCGUGUCCGUAUAGGCAGGCAUUCCUAUGUGAAAAUUAAAUUUUUUUUCGUUUUAAGCCAGAUUUUGUUAAAUACAUGUUAUAUGUUUUUUG